AUAUAUAUAUAAGUUGUCGUAACUCAAAUAACCAAGUGUUCGUGCGUUAGACCAUCAUCACUUUGAUCAUCUUCAUUGUCGUACCGAUUCUUGUUUCUCUACUUUCCAAGGAAAAAAACAUGAGUGACGGGAAUGGAACGGAAGGGGCGGCGGGCCGGGCUCCCAAACUAAACGAGAGGAUCCUCUCCUCCCUCUCCAGGAGAUCGGUAGCUGCUCAUCCCUGGCAUGAUCUCGAGAUCGGACCUGGGGCACCCCAAAUUAUCAAUGUUGUAAUUGAGAUAUCCAAAGGAAGUAAAGUGAAAUAUGAACUCGACAAGAAAACUGGUCUCAUCAAGGUUGAUCGCGUAUUGUACUCCUCCGUCGUCUAUCCUCACAAUUACGGCUUCAUUCCUCGUUCGCUAUGUGAAGAUAAUGAUCCAAUGGAUGUUCUAGUCAUUAUGCAGGAACCUGUCGUCCCUGGAUGUUUUCUAAGAGCCAGGGCUAUAGGCCUGAUGCCCAUGAUUGAUCAGGGAGAGAAAGACGACAAGAUCAUAGCCGUGUGUGCUGAUGAUCCCGAGUACCGCCACUUCACUGAUAUCAGUCAACUACCACCCCAUCGUCUCACUGAAAUCCGCCGUUUCUUUGAAGACUACAAGAAGAACGAGAACAAAGAGGUAGCCGUGGAUGAGUUUCUGCCUUCAGAUACUGCUCUCACUGCCAUCCAGCACUCCAUGGACCUUUAUGCUGAGUACAUCCUCCACACUUUGAGGAAGUGAAUGGAUUAAAGAAAGCAUUAUACUGUGCUACAGUAGUGGUGGCACUCAGAAGGAAGACUAUACACUAUACCAUUGCUUCCUUCUGGAGUGAAAAGUUUAUACGGAAGAGACUCCGCUUGUCAUACUACGCAAUUUUGAGCUUUGAAUUUUUCUUCUGCAUUUAUUUAUUCUUUUUUAGUACUUUUUCUUGUUUAUUUUGAUGAAGUUUCUCACUUUGGAAAACUCAUCCCAGCUGUGUAGGAAUGAAUAGUGGUUGGUGCAAUAAUCAAUAACAAGUUGUUUAUCCCUUUAGGGCUAAAUUCUCCAUA